GAGUCCCUAUGUUUGACUCAUUGUGGGGGUUCAUCAUAAAAUUCCGUGCGGCUUACCACACAAUAUCCCACCCAAUCAGACAUCACCUUCCUCAGUUGUCCACUCUUCCUCGUACUAUUUUAGAUGGGAGCCCUAAAUUGUUUAAUUAGCGCUAAUUCAUAAUAUAUUAUUAGUUUCCAUCAAUUGUUUAGGCGAAGCUGAAGCUCCCCCUCUCUGCGUAAUCACAACUCCAAUUCCCAUUAAACCUUAUUAAUCCCGACACAAAUCCGACACAUCUCAGCCCCACACACACACACACACAGACGAUAUGUGAAAGACGAAUUAACAAGAAUUUCCCUUUUUUGAAUACGUUCAAUUAAUCUUGAUUAUUUUUUUUUCCUUUUUCGAGCCGAUAUUCUUUCCUUUUUAUACCAAACGAUUUAUAGAUGGCGUCGUCAUUAUUUGCUUCCGUUUACAGAAGAAUUUCCGCCUUCUCUCCUACGAAAGUUGCAAUCUUGAUUGGUUUGUGAUCUGCCCUUUUUUUUUUUUACUGUGUGGUCCUUUUGAGAGAGAAAAGUAUUCGAGGAAAAAAGAAGAUGAAUGUGGGAAAAUCCCAGGUUUGGCAACCUUGCAAGAAGAAGAGGUUUUUAUAGCGUUCAGGAAUAUUCAAGAAAUAAAACUUUUUUUUAUAUAUAAUAAAAUGGAUGGGAUUUGUAUUGGCAAAUCAGGGUAGCUGAAAAAAAUAAAUCUGCGGAUUGUUCAGAAAGGGGGUUUUGUGGUGAAUCUUGGUGAAUCUACACACACACACAUAUAUAUAAUAUAAUAUAUACACACACACACACACACAAAAAAAAAUAAAAGGAAACAGAGAGGGAUUUAGGAAUGGUGAUGGCAUCAAGAUCAAGUGGUGGUGGUGGUGGUGGUGGAAUUGGGAGUAGUAGCGGUGGGCGGACGCGGGUGGGGCGGUAUGAAUUGGGAAGAACAUUAGGUGAAGGGACUUUUGCGAAAGUGAAGUUUGCUAAGAAUUUGGAAACAGGUGAGAAUGUGGCUAUCAAGAUUCUUGAUAAGGACAAGGUUCUCAAGCACAAGAUGAUUGGCCAGAUCAAGCGUGAAAUCUCUACCAUGAAACUAAUAAGGCAUCCUAACGUCAUUCGAAUGCACGAGGUUAUGGCUAGCAAGACAAAGAUAUAUAUUGUUAUGGAAUUCAUCACUGGUGGCGAACUUUUCGACAAAAUUGCUUCUAGAGGGAGGCUGAAAGAAGAUGAAGCGAGGAAAUAUUUUCAGCAGCUUAUUAAUGCUGUUGAUUAUUGCCAUAGCAGAGGUGUUUACCACAGAGACCUUAAACCGGAGAAUUUGCUGCUUGAUGCCAAUAGUGUUCUCAGAGUGUCUGACUUUGGAUUGAGCGCUUUACCUCAACAAGUUCGGGAGGAUGGGUUACUUCACACAACAUGUGGUACGCCAAAUUAUGUUGCUCCAGAGGUGAUCAACAAUAAGGGUUAUGAUGGAGCCAAGGCGGAUCUUUGGUCUUGUGGUGUUAUUCUUUUCGUACUUAUGGCUGGUUAUUUGCCCUUCGAAGAUUCGAAUCUUAUGGUAUUAUACAAAAAGAUUUUUAAGGCGGACUUUUCGUGCCCUCCGUGGUUUUCCUCCAGCGCAAAGAAGCUAAUCAAGAGGAUUUUGGAUCCCAAUCCAUCAACGCGCAUCACAACUAAUGAGGUCCUUGAGAAUGAGUGGUUCAAGAAAGGAUACAAGCCACCUAUUUUUGAACACGAGGAAGUUACACUGGACGAUGUUAAUUCUAUUUUUAAUGAAUCGGCGGAAUCUCCAAACCUAGUUGUUGAGAGGCGGGAUGAAAGGCCACCUAUAGCACCAGUGACCAUGAAUGCCUUCGAGCUUAUCUCUACCUCACAGGGUCUCAAUCUGAGUUCCCUUUUCGAAAAACAAAUGGGUCUUGUGAAACGAGAAACAAGAUUUACAUCUAAAAGCACUGCCAACGAGAUCAUCUCGAAAAUUGAGGAAGCUGCUGGUCCGAUGGGGUUUGAUGUCAAGAAAAACAACUAUAAGAUGAAACUUCAUGGGGAGAAAUCAGGGCGAAAGGGUCAUUUAGCAAUUACAACUGAAAUAUUUGAAGUGGCUCCUUCGCUACACAUGGUUGAGCUUCGUAAGUCUGGAGGUGAUACGCUAGAAUUCCACAAGUUCUACAAAAACUUGUCGAUUGGGUUGAAAGAUAUUGUGUGGAAAACGGGCGAUGAAGCAAAUAAUGAUUUGUCGACUUGAUCGGGAUUUUUCCGUCGUUGUUCGUCUGUUUUUGCUGUCGGUGUGUGUAUAUUGCUUGUCGAACCUGUAUCUCCAUAAAAUAACUCUCUUGUUUUAUUCAAUAUGCAGUUAUCCCUGGAUUCGAAUUGCCAAUGUUUUAUUAACUUGAGAACAUCCCAGAUUGUAAUAAUAAUAAGCAAGCUUGUUCUUGUCAA